AUGUGUAGGGGAGAAAAACAGACAGAGAACAAAUCGUUGGCGUCGGCGGACGAGGGCUUCGAGGAUGCGAGAUCCGGCGAUUUCGCAAAAUCAUCGCCGCGAGUGUCGCAGAUCAAUUUGGUGAAUGCAGAAAAAUCGAGACCGAAAAAAAUCAUCGAGGAACCAACUAAAAAAACACUGACAAGAGGUCAAAUCCUCAUGAGCAUGAUCAAGCUGGACACGGUGGAAUUUUCGCUGUACGAAGCCCACCCCAUAUCCUACGACGAGUACAUCCGCACUUAUGGAAAAUUAAACAGCCAACAGACUUACACGCAAACCAACGAGGACAAUCUCGACGUCGAGAUCCAGACCACCGGCAUCGAGCUCGAGAACAAGUGGACGCAGUUCCCGGUGCGCUGCCGCGGCUCGCUCAAGACUCACGACGACGUGCGCCAGUUCAAGCUCGAUCACCUGGGCUGCGGCGGGGACGCGCCCGAUCAGAGCUCGUUCUUCGCGGCGCCGAGCUACGACGUCCUCCGGCUGACGGAAUUUCUCGACCGAGCCGGCAAGCUGGUGCUGGCUCUGCUCGAGGAGAGUGAGAUGGGCGGCGACGUGAUGGGCAGCGACACGCGCGACUUUCCGUUCAGCGAGGGCUGCGUGAAGCUCGCCACCGGCUCGAUCUCGUUUCUCGCCGGCCGACAGGUUCGCCGGCUGUGCUACGCGGAGUCGAAUCACAAGAUUCUCGCGAGCGUUCACGCGUCCUCCCACGAGAAAUUUCAAUUGACCGACAAGCAGGAUUACAUAAAGGACUGCUGCGUCGGCUGCGUCUGGAACAUCAACGAGCCGUCGAGGCCGACGAAGAUGUUCUACUCGCCGAGUCCCGUGACCGCCUGCUGCUUUCACUGCACCAACAACAACAUCGUUUUCGCUGGUAAUCAAGAUGGCUCGAUCUGCCUGUGGGAUCUGCGCGAGGACGAGACCUGGCAUCAGCGAAUCAGCGACAAGACCAACGAGAUAGACUGGAUAGUGCGCAGCUCGACCUACACGACGGCGGGAAACGUCGAAUUGUCGCACUCGAGCACGGUGGUGGCCAUCGGCACGCUGCUCAACGCCGCCAAUCUCGACAGCGGUCAGGAGGAGAGCAGCAGCAACGACGGAUUCUUCAACAUUCAGCUGUGCAGCCUCGACGAAGACGGCCGACUGAUCGUCUGGAGCGUCAUAAGGAAUCUGACGCAGCAGCAACAGCAGCAGCAACGAAACGCCGGCAGCAGCAGCAGCAACGACAAAGAUCUCGGCCUGGCCCAGUGGGGUCGCGUGAAACUCGUCAAGAGCCAGGAGGUUGCCACGAGGCGGCUCGAGGUCGGCGGCGUGGCCAAGUGCUUCGUCGACAUGGCCGUGGACCAGGCGGACAGCGACAAUCUUUAUCUGGCCGUCAACGACACCAACGUGCUGUACGUCAAUUGCGCCGGUGGCGGGAGAAACAGCACUCCGUUUUACAGGAUCAACGAGAUGGAUUCUUGCGGCAGCACGACGUGCCUCGAAGUAUUUCCGUUCAAGCGAUCGUAUUUUCUAGCAGGAUGCAAAGACGGUAGCAUAAGGCUGCACUCACUGCACGCGGAGACACCUCUCAUGAAACUGAAGGACGAGGAUAGCUUGGCCGGAAUCCGUAGCAUUCAAUGGUCCAGAUCGAGACCGUCGAUUUUUUACGUUCUGGACGAUCAAUCCAGAAUCGCCGUGUGGGACAUGUUAAAAAGCGCCACCAAGCCGAUUUACGUGGUAGCGACCACGAACUGGGAAUCCGUCAAAUGUAUCAAGCUGUCGCCGUGCAACGUCGAACGCGACAAGCAAAAUCAAUACAUGGCCAUCGGAACGUACGGCGGCAACGUCGAGGUUCACAAGCUGAAGAGAGAUUUCUAUUUUUCUAAACAAGAGGAUAUGCAGCGCGAGAUGGAUGCCUUUUUGGAAUUCGUCUCCAUUUUGUAACAUAUGUUCCAGUUGAAAAGGGCAGAGUUCUCUUGGACAGAGAGGACGAGUUUAUUUUGUGAAAUUUCUAAUUUUGAAAAACAGUUAACGAUCGUUCGCCAAAAAAAAAAUGUAUACGAAUUAGAUACGUAUCCGUUUAAACUUUUGCACUGUUAUACGUAUAGAAUAAAACUUAUUUUUAAAACUAGAAUAAUAAACUCGAGCCAAAAAAAUAAUGA